GGGGCAACCGCAACAUGAAUAGUGUAAUCAUUUAAAUUUUAAACAAUAUAAAAUAUAAAAAGGUCCCAAGUCAAAUGUGCUGUAACUUAUAAUUAUUUAAAUAAUUAAUAGAAUAAAGUAAUAAAUUAUUAUACAAAAAAACUACAAUGAAAAAGAAACCUUGGGGACGCAAACAAGAAGAAAGCGAUGAUGACGCUUCUGUAGAUUUUGAUGGUGAAAAUUCAGAGAGUGAUUAUGACGAAAACGAAAAGCUUCUUCUAGAAAAGACACGAAAAGAAUUAGCUCAAGGACCAUAUGAUUCAGAUGAGGAGAGCGAAGAAGAAGUAUUUCCACUACGUAACAAACUAGAUCAGUAUGAAGAUAGUGAAGAAGAUGAUGAAGAAGUUGAAAAUGAUAAUGAACAACAUUCAGAUGACGAAGAAGAGAAAAAUAUUAAUGAUAGUGAUAUAGAAGGUGCAGAAAGUGGUUCAGAUGAUUUACCUAAUGACAAAGCUUGGGGUCAACUAAGAAGAUCGUUUUAUAAUACGGACUACUUAGAUAAAGAUCAUGGAGGUUUUGAGGGAGAAGAGGACGAAGAAACUGCUAAAAUGGAAGAAGAAGAAGCGCGUAAAAUACAUCAAAGAAUGAUGUCUGAAUUAGAAAAUGUAGACCUCGACAGUGAACUUUUUAUUGGAACUAAAGUAACAGAUAAUGUAAAAGAAGGGACUGACACAAGUGACAUAACACAAAUGAUGACCGUUAAAAAAGAUUUGAGUUCAAUGAGUGAUCGUGAAAAACGAAAAUUGUUAAUGAAAGAAUCACCUGAACUUUUUGGACUAAUCACAGAUUUUAAAACGUACAUGGGAAGAGUACAAGAAAAAUUAUCUCCUUUUUUGAAAUUAGUUAGAUCUGGGGACUUACCAAAGAGUCGGUUUACAGAAUAUACGCAAUGUUAUUUUGAAAUUAUAUUGAAUUAUUGUACCAAUAUUGGAUUCUAUUUUCUUAUGAAAUCUGUUCGUAAACCAGUACAAAAUCAUCCUAUUAUGAAUAGAUUACUUCGAUACCGUGAAAUGUUGUGUGAACAGGAUAAACAAUUUGAAACAUUAAUAUUACCUCAGAUUGAUCAAAUAUUGUCAAAUAUCAAUAUAGUAGAAUCUAACUCUAAGGCGAGUAAAAAUAAACCAAAAAAAUUACUUAAUCUACUCACAAAACCAGUUCAAAAAACUGAAAAAACUGUUGAUAUUGUUAAACCCAAGGAAAAUAUUCUGCAAAAUGUAAAUGUCAACCAAUCAAAUAAAUUUGAGGAUAGUGAAGAUGAAGAAGAAGAAGAUGGAAUAGAAGUUAAAGAAGAACCAAUGGUGACCACUGAUGAAAAACGUGGUAUAACUUAUCAAAUAGCUAAAAACAAAGGACUUACGCCUCGACGUAAGAAAGAACUUAGAAAUCCAAGAGUGAAAAAUCGUAUGAAAUAUCGUAAAGCCAAAAUCCGUAGGAAGGGACAGAUUUCAGAGCCACGUAAAGAAAUUCGUCGUUAUGAUGGUGAAAUUUCUGGUAUUAAAGUUAAUCUGUCUAAGAGCAUAAAAAUUAAAGCUUAAUUUACAAUGUUUUUGUUUGUGGUAAUAUAUGGUAAAUUUAUAAAAAAAAAUAUUCCUAAUGAUUUUUUUUUUUUUUUAAGAAAUAUCAAUACUGUUGUGUUUUUUUAAUAAAAAAUCAUAAGUGAUGAUAA